AUGCCGCGCAUCAAGGUGCUGUACUUCGCGCGCGCGAGGGAAGUCACCGGCGGACUCGCGGACGAGACGCACGACCUUCCCGACGACGAGUGCCACACGGACGCGCUGAGACUCGCGCUCGUGGCGAAGCACCCGGGGUUGGAGAGCGUCCUCAGGACCGCGGUGUUCGCGGUGAACCAGGAGUACUCGGACGGACGCGUGAGCUUGAGCGAGCGGGACGAGGUCGCGGUGAUACCGCCGAUAAGCGGCGGGUGA